AUGUUCUCCCGCCUGCGCUGCCACUUUUGUGGCGCAAAGGCUCCCCACCGCAAGACGGUCACCGAGUUCCAAUGCGCAACAUGUGAGGCCGUCAACUUCCUCGACGGCAAGGGAAACAUCAUCGACACACCCGCCAACGUCGCAGCACCCCCGUCGCACUCACACAACGGUCUCAACCCCAAACCCUUCCUUUCCUUCACGCGCCCCGCGCCGGAAGCCCUCGAACAUCAAAAGACCACCGCCUUCUGUCGCACGUGCCAGCAGAACCAGCUUCUCUACAACGAAACACUGGCCAACUACCUGCCCGAUGAGAGCCACCCCAAAUACGCCGAGUUUGAACGCACCAUCCCCAAAUACAAGAAGGAGUUGGAGGAGCGGUACCCGCUGAUCUGCGUCAACUGCGCGCCAGAAGCGCAGAGCAAGAUCAACCGCGCCGACUAUUACGGAAUGACACAGAACGUGAGCAAGCUGUGCGCGAAAACAACAGCCCUUGCCGGCCGCUCGCCGAUUGGUCAGCGCGACGAUGGCGGGAAGAAGAUGAUGCGACUCAUCCUCAACACCAUCGGCCUGGUGCUGUACGUCGGCCUGCUCAUUCAAAUGACAUUUCACGCAUACGGCAUCGUCACCGCCCUAUUCGCUACAACUGCCCCCGAAACCGAAUUUGACAUCACCUCAUACAUGAAACCGUCCAUCCAGGAAUGCAGUCAGCAGGCCAGAUCUCUCCGCUUCACCACCCGGUGCUUCCACCUCUUCAGUGACUACGUCCCUUAUACUCUGGCCCUCGCAAUCUGCGGACUGUUUUACAAUCCAGGACUGCAGCAAUGGUAUCACCAUACACUCCGUAUCGAAGCCGUCAAUGGCCAGUGGAACUACUUCUACAUCCAAUCUGCCAUUGUAUUCGUCAGAUGUCUGGCCUGGUGGAAUCUGUCCGAUCCACAGACCCUUUCUUCCCUCGAUAUGCAGCAGAUCAUCGCCAUGCACGCUUUCACCAUCUUCUUCGCGCUCCUCACCCACUCCGUCGCCAAGCGAAGCAUCGUGCCCGUCAAAUGGACGAUGCGCGGCAAGAUGAUGCCAAAACCAUCGGAUAAAGUGGUCCUCGGUCUUGAUGCUGCCCCAGCUGGCAUAAAUCACACCCCAAAGGCCAACCAAAAGGACCCAUAUCGCUACCUUCGCAAGCCUACGCAGGCUCCAUUCGAUAUCAACAGUCUCGCCCCGAAAACGACGACUUCAGAGCUCCGUUCCCGCCACACAAAAUCUUUCCUGCCUACGCAGCAGCUUACCCCAGAAUACUCCGACGGAUACGAAGAUGAUGAUCCCAUGGAGCUCGACGACGCAGCUUACGUCGAGUCCCGCUUCCAGAACCCUCGUCCAAUUCUGCAACCAUCGCACACCUAUUACAACCAUACCAACACUCCAUCCAUGGGUGUGAAUAACAUGCGCGACGCUAUGGGGAGUGUCAGCCGUGAUAUGGACUCCCAGGCACAGCGUCUCAAAGACGACAACGCCUCAAAAUUUGCCUACAGUCCCGGUCCCUCGCCAUUUUACGGCAAAUUGCCGCAGGCACCAAUGAGUCUCGAGCGGAGAUUGCGUAAUCCGCCUCAGGGGACGCUCCAACGGGCCAAAGCAGAGCCAUUGUUGAGUGAGAGGAAAGACUUCAUGCAGUUGAUGAGAAACAAGGUAACGCCGGUGGAGUUCUCACGGCCAACGGAGAGUUUUGAGCUGAAGAAGAGCGAUUGGGUCUUACCCGGCGAUGUAAAGGAGACGGGACUAGAGGAGCGGUUUGAAAGCGUCUUCAGCUUGAGUGAGGUCUCGGAAGAGGAGGCCAAGAAAGAUGGAGGUUUUUGGAGCCUUUUCGGCUUGUAA